AAUUAGCUUCAUGUAAGAAUGGGGAGUGAAGGAAACAAAAGAACUGGCAGUGGAAUCAAGUAAUUUCUGUCACAAUGUUGUUUUGUAUCAAAUGAAUUAGAAGGAAAAUGCCAUGCCAUGAAAGUGGUUCGUGCAUUCUGAGUCAUGAUGUUUGGCAUUGCGUGAUUUUGUGUCAAAUGAUGUAACAUGAAAAGGGAGGAGUGCAGUGAUGAAAUGGCAGGGAAAUUGGAAGGGAAACAAAAUGAAAGAGUGCAGUUGGAAAGAGGAUGAAGUUGAACUUGUGACUUCUUGUCUUGGUGCUGAUAUGGAUUUAAGUUCUUGAGUUUUUGGGUACUAACAGGACUUAGACAUUUCAAGAUAAAUAUAGAUAUGUAGACACCACCCUUUUAAUGGGAAGAGAUCAGCGAAGAAGAGUAAGAAGAAAGGUUCUUCAGAGAAGAAAAACCCGUUACCGUCGGCGAGUGAGAGGCCAACUAAGGAGAGGAAAACGAUUUCACAGUUGAUAAGUGUCACAGUGUGUAGUCUCCUCGUGUGAGAAGCAUGUUUGCGAAACAGAUGCUGCGUUAAGUGGAGCAUGGCAGCAACGAGUUUGGGCAGACGAAUUGGCACAGUGGUAAAGGAAGAGCUGAGAAGUAAGGGAGCAUGGCGCGAUUCUCUUAUGGCCGCCGCUUCUCGUGCAAUCGCAGAAAGAAUUCCGUUGGCGAAUCUCGUCGUCCAAGUCAGAGAUGCAAGGAUUCCCUUGUCCUCUGAAUGCGAGAUACUCAGAAACUACCCACUUCCCCAUAAACAAAUCAUAGUGCUCAACAAAAUGGAUCUUGCGGGUGCAUCGAAUGUGAAGGCAUGGGUGGAAUAUUUUAGGGAAAUGAACUGCGUAUCUUGUGGAGUCAAUGCUCAUAACAAGGAGAACAUCAGACAGCUUCUAAGCCUUAUACAACGCCAAGUGAGUGAACUGAAGAGAGAUGAUCAAUGUGACAAUAAUUAUACCGCUACAGUAAUGUUAAUUGGGAUUCCAAAUGUUGGUAAGUCGGCACUUAUCAAUGCUUUGCAUCAAGUGGGGAGAAUCAAUGCAGCAGAAAAAGGAAAGCUAAAGCAUGCAACUGUCAGUCCAGAACCAAGAGAGACUAAAAACAUUCGAAGUUUUAAGAUUGGUAGCCAUCCCAAUAUUUAUGUGUUAGACACUCCAGCUGUUUUAUCUCCCGAGAAUCUUAAUGUUGCUGUUUUAUCUAAAUUAAUUUUAACAGGAGCAGUUGGGGAUUGUUUAGUCAGGAGAAAAGAAGUUGCCCAAUAUUUUCUAGCUAUACUCAACUCUAGUGACCAAUACAAGAAAUGGGCAAAACUAUUUAUGAAGGAUAAUGAUAGAUCAUUCCUUAAUGGCACAACAGAACAGUUGACUAGCUCUGAGUUGCAUAUGAAGAAGAAAAUCCAAUUCCAGACAGAUCACACACAGGACUGCAUAGUGCAGGAUGUUCGACGGAAACUUUUUGAAACAAUUUCAUCUUUGGAAGGCGAAAUAAAAUGUGAAGAUGAAAUGCUUGCACUCGUUGAUAGGCAGUUUAGUGCCUUGCAGGAAGCUUUCCAUGUUUCGGGUGAAUGUGAAGAAGAUGCUCAUGACAAGGUUGCUGGGAAGUUGCUUAAUCUUUUUCGUACUGGCCGUAUUGGACAUUAUAUUUUAGAUCAUCUUCCCGGAAAGAUUCAAUGAUACCAAUACUUCAUGUAGGAGCUACUCAUUUUCUCUCUUUUCAUUUCACCUCUUUCUUUUAAUUUGUUGUAACUAUUUUUGGUUAAGAGUUAGGAUUACUUAAGUGUAUAUAUAGGUGUCAAAUGUAUCUUGAACGUAUUGUCCCAUGUUAUCUUUACAAUAGUUUUAUUACUGUAAUGACUUAUCAUCAUAGUGUUUUAAUUAUUUUUCUAA